CUCCAGGAAGGAAGAUGUCUCUAUGUGAUCCUCCUGAUGGCUUUGUACUGGUGCACGGAGGCGCUGCCAUUGGCUGUGACUGCUCUGCUGCCAAUCAUCCUGUUUCCAUUUCUGGGCAUUCUCCCUUCCAACAAAGUUUGCCCACAGUAUUUUUUAGACACCAACUUCCUCUUCCUCAGUGGCCUCAUCAUGGCGGCUGCCAUCGAGGAGUGGAACCUGCAUCGCAGGAUUGCCCUGAAGGUCCUCAUGCUAGUGGGAGUCCAACCAGCCAGACUUAUUUUAGGAAUGAUGCUGACAACUUCUUUCCUGUCCAUGUGGUUAAGUAAUACAGCCUCCACUGCUAUGAUGCUCCCAAUUGCCAUUGCUAUUCUGAAGAGUCUCUUUGGAGAGAAAGAAGUAUCUAGAGAUCUCAACAAGGAAAAUGAAGAAAACCAAGCCUCUUUUCAGCAGAAUAAACUUUACACUGUACCAACUGAGCUGCAGUUUCUGGCAAGUACUGAGGACAAAGAUCUGACAGAGGAGAAGGACGUUGUCAUCGAUGUUCCCUCAGAUUUAAAGAAGGAGGAAGAAUACAAGACAAACAUAUGGAAAGGCUUCCUCAUCUCAAUCCCUUAUGCAGCCAGCAUUGGAGGUACAGCAACGCUAACGGGAACUGCACCAAAUCUCAUCCUUCUAGGACAGCUGAAGAGUUUUUUUCCAGCCUGUGAUGUGGUGAACUUUGGAUCUUGGUUUGUGUUUGCAUUUCCUUUAAUGGUGCUAUUCCUUGUCUUUGGAUGGCUGUGGAUCUCCUUCCUAUAUGGAGGAUUUAACCUGAGGGGUUGCAGAAAGAAGAAGUCAGAUAUAAGAGUGGAUGCAGAAGCUCGAGCCAAAGCAGUAAUAAAGGAGGAUUAUCAGAAACUGGGGCCAAUAAAAUUUGCAGAACAGGCAGUUUUCGUCCUCUUCUGUUUGUUUGCAAUCCUUCUGUUCUCCAGGGACCCAAAAUUCAUCCCAGGUUGGGCAAGUUUUUUCACACCUGGGUUUGUCUCAGAUGCAGUUACUGGAGUCACCAUAGUGACCAUAUUGUUCUUCUUUCCUUCACAAAAACCAUCCUUUAAGUGGUGGUUUGAUUUAAAAGCACCCAACACUGAGAAUCAGCCCUUGCUGACCUGGAGAAAGGCUCAAGAGACCGUACCUUGGAACAUUAUCUUGCUGCUCGGUGGAGGGUUUGCCAUGGCAAAAGGAUGUGAGGAGUCAGGCUUGUCCGUCUGGAUCGGGGGCCGUCUGCAACCCCUGGAGGGUGUGCCACCCCCCGUGGCUGUCUUGCUUAUCACCAUAGUGAUUGCCUUAUUCACAGAGUUUGCCAGCAACACAGCCACAAUUAUAAUCUUCCUGCCUGUCCUGGCAGAACUGGCAAUUCGUCUGAAAGUAAAUCCCCUGUAUUUAAUGAUACCAGGAACUGUGGGGUGCUCCUAUGCUUUCAUGCUGCCAGUCUCCACUCCCCCAAACUCAAUUGCCUUUUCUUCAGGACACUUGCUGGUCAAAGACAUGGCAAGAACUGGGCUUCUCAUGAAUCUCAUGGGGGUUCUGCUCCUCAGCUUGGCUAUGAACACCUGGGCCAAAAGCAUCUUCCAGCUGGGCAGCUUCCCUGCAUGGGCCAACAUCCAUGCGGAAAAUGUCACAGUGUUGUUGACAGAUGUGGAAAAUGUCACUUUAAGCUCGCUCAGCAAAAUAUGAGCCAUGAAGUAGGAGGGACUUGCUUAGGACUUGAGCACUGGAAUCAUUGGAGAGAAUGCAUAGGAGAGGCCUCAGCACUGCUCAUACCCCAAAGGACCAGCCACUGCAGCCAGUUGUUUUAUGUGUAUGAAUAUUGUACAUUGUCACAACAUAAAUGUUUCUCCUAGUGGAAGAGUCCCCACAUCUCCAACAGAUACCAAUCAGAGUGUUCAAGAGAACUUAGUCCCUCAUAUGGAAGGACAUUCAUACCCUAGUAAGGGUCUGACAGUACCUUGGGAAGAUACCACUCCUGUUAAAAACUCUAGGAGCUUUGAGGUUAAUAUCAAUUAGCUAAUUUCCGAUAUCCAACAUGAGUCAGGGUAGUAACUGCACUUCCAGGCAUGGAGUCAAAUGAGGCCAUUUAAGGUGCUACUCAGUAUGAAAAAGGGUAUCAGAAUCUGACCCAGUGAGAGGCAGAUUGAGCUCUGUCAUUCUAAAAUGCUCAGUAGAGUCAAGAUUUCAUUAGGAUCUCACAGGUGAUUGUGCCAUGUAGGAUGAAGACUGUUUCUUCAGAUUUUCAUGAAAGGAUGACUCAGGAGGUGUCUAGCCAGAACAUGGCUUAUUGCUCCACAGUGAGAAAGUUUGGAAACACCAAGGCAGAAGUGUGUUUCAAAACACAUGAAUUACUUUGAGACUUUUUCAACCCAAUAAUUUCAAACCAUGCCUUCGCACUGACUGGACAAGUGGCAAUUUGGGGCCAAAUACAAACCUGACAUAAAUCCAUGGAUAUUAAUGGAGUUACACUACUGGUAGGUAUGGCCUGUCUUAAGUUCAUGAACUUUUUAAACUGGAGCUUUGAGGUUGCCUCACUCAUGAGAAAGCUGCUAAGUCACAGGUCAGUGACAGACUGCAGAGGAAUACUAUUGACAUCUUUGAUGAAUAGCUUUUGAUUCUUAUAUUUUUUAAAUCUGAUUGCUUGGAUCUUUUUAAUGAAAGAAUAUGCAAAUUGACCACAAUCUCAUCACCAUUGUAGCCAAAAUCUUUUAAUUUGGGCAUGUAAGAAACCAGUAUAUUUAAUUAAAAAGAUCUAUGUUUAAAACAGAUGGCUUAAAAGAUGAGGGCUCUGGUGUGAUACAGGAGAGGUGGAAGAGAGAGUCCUUGCACUGAGUUGGAUAUUGGACUCAGCUGGUCCCAAAUUCUCAGCUGGUACAUGCUGGCCGAUUUCCAGUCAAGUCAGUGGAGCUAAACUGAUUUACACCAGCUGAGGAUCAAGUUCUUCUCUAUUACUCCUAUGUUACUGAUAACAGUCGGUGUCAGCUCCAAGAGCAGACAGGGUAAUUUAUCCAUCAGACCCAAUUCUCUCUUUAAUCAUAGUUGCUGCUGCUGUUGUGCAAAUGACAUUAAGAUUACAUCACAGAUAUGAAUGUUUGCAAAGGUCAUGCUGAAACCACCAAAACAAAUUUACUGAAACUAGAUCAGUCUCCAUGCAAAAUCCUCACAACUGUGGAAACUACAAAAUAAAAUGCAUUCAUUGGCAGGUCACGUUGUGAUGUUGUAUCUGUAGAUCACAAAUGGGAAGGCUUGAGUCUCCCCUUUCAGUUGCAUUGAAUUCACUCUAGUGACUUAAUAGACUUAUAUGGUAGGAGGAGAAUGGGGCUCUGCUUGCAUUACAUCUGUUCAGCUCAACCUAGAAACCAUCCCAAUGAAUGCAAAUAUUGAAUGCAGAUAUGCCAUUUUUCUGGCAAUCAAGCCAGAGAUGCAGGGUGGAAGAGGCACGUGCAGGGUACCAGAGGCUGAAGCAAUUGUAUCUGUGCAAUGCCAUGCUGGGGAAUAGGUGCUAGGAGAGCACGCUCAUUGCUGCUGCACUGCAUGCUCCGAAGCAUUAAAGAGUUGCAGAGCACAUGCCCUCACUGCAGGCUGCGAGGUGCCAUGUCCCAUGACUGACUGGGCACCCUCCUCUGGGGAGCGCAGCGAGAGCUGGGCUUUGCUUGCGCUCCAUGGUGGGGGAGCGGGGUGCUAGCAGUCUGUGGCUGGAUCCUAGGUUGCUGUCCUGUCCUGUGGGGCUGGAGAAGGCCCUAACUAGGUAUCGCUCCAUCUGCCAGAAAUCUCAUAAGAGCAGCUCAUAGGAUUUGGACACUUUUGUAGCACUUUCUAAGCAAGGCUCUCAAAGUGCCUUACAGAUGCAACCACUCCAGUGAGGAAAGGCAGUUUUGUUACUGCUGUGUUACAUGUGAGGAAACCAUGGCACAGGCAGGAUAAAGGACUUGCCCAAGGCCACACUGUGGGAGAGCUAGGAACAAAAUGCAGGCGCCCCACCUCCUUGUCCCAUAUGCUACCCAAAGGCUGAACUUCUGCUCUCUCUAGAAAUAUCCUUAUAAUCAGGACACUGAUCUCAGAGCCCAACAAUGGUGCAUUCCUAAGGGCUUCGAUGUUUCCUUGCUCUUAUACAGCAUUUCUAAGUAUAAAGCAUUAUAUUAUACCUUUGUAUCCAUUAAUUUGUGAGAGUAUACAUGUCCCCAAGUUUUUGACUUCUACCCCCUAAAUCUGUGCAACCUGUUUCAUGGGUUUACGAGUAUAUUAUUUAGCGUGAAAUUCUCUCUUGCACUUGGUGCUACUAGUGACUAACCCCCAAAUUCAUAGCAACAGUUUUAUAAUGCCUCACAAACCACUUUGCCUCUUUCCAAAUCUUUCCAGUUUGUAUAGCUCUCUUGCUAGCUCUGAAGCGACUCAAGCCUAAAUUUUUAUCAGAUCUGUAUGUAACCCCGACUAAAUUUAAAUCUUAAUUCUUCAUGUUCCUCACCACCUAAGGUGAAAUAGCCCACUGGUUAUUAAGGCUGUUUGUAGACACGCUCACUGUUUUCUAAACUGUGUUAACUGAUUCACAUCACACAAUUUGAAUCAAAUUUCAGUUCAAAUGAAGGGUUAAUAGACAAUCAUUGACCUCAGGGAGGUUUUUGUGCAUUUCUGCACUUCUGCAGUAGAGAUGGCAGGAGGCAUCUGAUGCCAGACCUAGUGGUGGGCAUGAGCAGCAACAAGCCCUAGAUACCUGCCGUAUAUACAUGUUAAUACACUUUAAAUUGCCUAGUUCAGACUCCCUUAGCCUGCAUUAACUUUAAUCCUCAUUCAAUGAGGAUUAGUUAAUUUGGGCUGGAGCUAAUUUUAAUUCAGACUAAAGAUGUCCAUGUGAAUGUAGUGAUGGCUGUAAUCCAAAUUAAACCUAGAAAAAUGUAACAUCUAUAAAUGACCUAAGACAGCUUUCCAGGCUCCUGGUACACUAGGUGAUGGGAGAUUUGAAAGUCUCCAGAGAAGGACAUUUGAACUACUCUGUUAAUCUUCUAUAAUUUAGACCAAGUUAGUAUAAAGGAACUUUAUCGGCAUCUGCACCAGCUUUCUUUCAAUGUAAAAACCCAGUAAUCAUCCUGAGAACUAUUCACUUGUUCUCUCCUGUUAAUUUUAAUAAAUAGCAAAUACCAUUCACUCAUUAAAAUUUGACAUUCAGAAUAUCCUCCCUUUAUGUCUUUGUAUCCAACCCAUAUCCUGGGUGCAAUUCUAAAUAGUCGCCUGAGAUGUUCAGAUUGAUACAAACUUGGUUUUAUUUAUAGUAAUAAAAAUAAUGCAUUUU